GAGAAGAGUAGAGGAGGAGAAGAGGAGAGGAGAAGUGGGGAAGAGGAGAGGAGGAGGAGAGAAGUGGAGGAGGAGAGGAGGAGGGGAGUACACACCACAGCUUGUAUUAGAAGGAGAAAAGGAAGGUGAGAACUGUUGGAGUGGUUGUAAAGGAGCUGAACUUCCUGUCAUGUUUACUUCAGUCCGGACCCUUUGUGUUCAGGGCACAAUGUCCAGGCUACUAUCCUCAGAGUCUGGCCGCUGCCUAUGAGACCGUCCAUACAGCCGCUGCCUAUGAGACCGUCCAUACAGCCGCUGCAUACACCGAGCACUGUCGCUUUUACCGUACUUUGUUGUUGGUCAGGAGGGAGGCACAAAGGGAGCUGAAAUGCAGAAUGUACCGGAGGAAUGGAGGGAAGAACAGAGGGCUGGAGGAGGAGGAGAGAUGGAUGCUAAACCCUGGGAGGGUAGAGAGGCCUUAUUCCAAAUAAACCCUGUAAACUCCAAACAGGACAUGGACAGAGGGAAAGAGAAUGGAGAGACCGGGGUUAAGGAGAGGAGGAAGGAGAAUGGAGAGAUGAUGAAGGAAGGGGGAAAGGGGACGGAUAAAGAGUCGCUGAUGAUGGAGCUGACCCGUUUGGUUCAGAAGACAGUGAAGGAGAGUAGCUGGUGGGAGAGGAGAGGCAUCGACAUCACUAUCCUGGUCCUGGCCUUUCUCCUUGUUACCUCCACUUUCAAGCCUCUCCUGGGGGUGACGAUCUUCUUGAAGUUGGACCUUCGGAACGCCUACCAUCUGGUUCGGAUACGGGAAGGAGACGAAUGGAAGACAGCUUUUAACACGGCUAGCGGGCACUACGAGUACCUUGUUAUGCCAUUCGGACUGACCAACGCUACCACAGUGUUCCAGGCCCUGCUCAAGAGCACGUCCUCCACGUCCGACAAGUCCUUCAGCGUCUCCUGGAGAAACACAUUUUUUGUUAAAGCAGAUAAAUGUGACUUCCGUCGCACCACCAACUCCUUCCUAGGAUACGUCAUCGCUGCAGGAAAUAUUCAGAUAGAUUCUGACAAGUUGAAAGCGGUUGCGUUCACGUGGUCUACAGCAGCUGACCAGGUGUUCUCGGACCUCAAGCAUCGAUUCACUACAGCUCCCAUCUUAAUUCAUCCGGACCUGUCCCGUCAGUUUGCGGUGGAGGUCGAGUCUCAGCGUUCUGCCCAGGAUCAAAAGCUGCAUCCCUGUGCUUUCCUUAAUGCGAGGAACUAUGACGUGGGAAAUCGAGAACUACUCGUGCCCGUUGCUACACCGUCUGACCCCGAGACCAUCCUCCGUACCUCCUGUCUAGCGGCUGCAGUCAUCUGGGGUCAGCUGAAGGACCACUCGGCGAGCCAGGCCCUGAGGACAGUCCUGCUGGUGUUCCUGGGCUUCUACUCUCAAUACUGGCUACUGAUGCAUGUGUCUGGGUUCCAGCGUGCGUACAGCAGCCUCCUCUGCAUGCUGCUCUGCAGGGCCAUGUUCUCUAUACCCUACAUACACGUUAACAUCUUCCAGCACAUCGGCCUGUCUAUGUUCUCCCCGACCCGCCGGCCCAAGAGGAUUUACCAGAUGACCCACGGAGUUCUGAACCUUCCCCGGAACCCCCUGCUGGACUGGACCUUCGGACACUCCCUCAUCAACUGUCACGUGGAGCACCACCUGUUCCCCUUCCUCUCUGACAACAUGUGUCUCAAGGUAAAGCCCAUCGUGUCCCAGUAUCUAAAGGAGAAGGAGCUCCCAUACCAGGAAGACACAUAUCUCUCCCGUCUGCAGCUCUUCUUUCACAAGUACCAGGAGCUCAUGGUGUUCGCCCCGCCCAUCACCGAGCUGGUGGGGUUGCAAUGAUGGAGGGGGGAAAGGGGGGAGGAGAGAGGGAGACAGAGAGAGGGCAGAGGUGGAGGAUGACAUGCACCUACUAACUAACCCAUGCUGCUGUAUGCUGUCAUUGGAAUAACAGAUUGUUAACACUGUCCUAUCUAGGAGGAUCAAUAAGAGCACAAGCUCAAACUAACACAGCUGCAAAUUCAUCAAUUAUUCCCGUGGAAAAACGAUUAAAUUAAUUGUAACAAAUACAUUGUCCGUUUGUCUUCAUAAUCUAAGACAUGAUAGCUACCAAUGAUCUCUAUUCAAGACAAUGUGUGUACUUAAGGCAUUUUAUGGUACAUACAUAUUUUCAUAAACUGACGUGUAUUGUUCCCUUAUGUGAUCUAUCAUAGCAAUAAAACAAUACAAAAACACACCACAUAACCUAGACAGUGUCCAAAUCAUAUUAACAUUUAACAAUA